UACUAACGUCUCGGGACGGAUUACAACAAGCAAUUAUUUCUUCUUUUGCACAAGGGAAAUGCUUGCCUGGUUUGUUUGAUUGUCAUCCUCCCCUUUCCCACUUCUCGUUUCGGCUGUGUUGCUUUUAGUUUACUUAGAUUGCGCUGUAAGACCCCUGGAUAAGUAGAGUUUAGGCCUAAGUGCAAUGAAACUAUGCCCACGUGAAGACUGCAGAUGGCUGUGAAAGUUGGUGCACCGAUGAAUGAGCAAGACUCUAAGGUGCCCCACAACACUUGAGAGUAAGCCCCAUUGAGGCUAGUGGAUCUCCCUUCAAGUAAUCAUUUGUAAGAGCAGGAUUGAGAAGUCUCCAAACUGCUACAGUUCUUGGCCUGAUUUGAGUAGUUGCUGCCCUUGAAUCUUCACAACUGACAAGGUUCCUAUUGUGCUAAGCACCUGUUCAUAGUAAAGGACAGUAAUGAUGACACGGAAGAUGUGUCACUCUUUGAUGCUGAUGAUGAAAUGACCAGGAGGCCCAAGAAAUCUAAGAUCAGGCAUCCAAUAGCCUCUUUUUUCCACUUGUUCUUUCGGGUCAGUGCAAUAAUUGUCUACUUAGUCUGCGAAUUGUUCAGUAACAGCUACAUUGCCUGCAUGGUGACGAUCAUCCUACUUCUGUCGUGUGACUUUUGGGCAGUGAAGAAUGUCACCGGGAGGUUGAUGGUCGGCCUCCGUUGGUGGAACCAGGUUGACGAUGAUGGCAAAAGCCACUGGGUGUUUGAAGCCAGGAAGGCAUCUACUCAGAAGAAGAAAACCACAUCAGAAGCAGAGUCUAGAAUCUUCUGGUUAGGAUUGAUCACAUGCCCUUUGCUGUGGGUAAUUUUUGCCUUCAGCGCCCUGUUUUCCUUCAAGGUGAAGUGGCUGGCAGUUGUCCUUAUGGGUGUGGCAUUGCAAGGAGCCAACCUUUAUGGUUACAUCCGGUGCAAAGUAGGCAGCAGGAAGAGCCUAACCAGUAUGGCAACCUCGUUUCUAGGGAAGCAGUUCCUGCGACAGACUGUGUCUAAAGAGGACCAAGCAGUAUCUUGAAGAUCACAGAGUUCCCAGUUUCCAUUUUGAUUCCUUCUGAAGAAUGAGAGAAAUAUUUCCUUCACCUCUGUACAGGAAAUUUAUAAUAUGUGUGGAUUUUUGUAAUUAAAUCUAUCUUAUAGCAGUGUUAGCUAUUUCUCUCUCUCUCUCUUUCUCUUUUUUAAUGAUAUACAUUUUGCAGAGUCCUUCCUGACACUUAACUAGCUGCUGGACUCUCCAAGUGAAAUAACUCCAUUUUUAUUUAAGUAAAAUACCUUGAUGACAGAUGGUAGCUAUUUAUGACACUACAUUUAUUAAGUAGUUUCUGGACCCAUGAGCUUUGAUGUGAAAUACUGGGCAGUCCCAAAAACUGCUCAUCUGAGAAGCCACAGAUCAAGGGCUUGAGCAGUUUCCAUCAUGUGGGAACUUCAGAAUGCAAUCUCUAAUAUAGCAUCUGAUGUAGCUACAUAAUUGCUUUGUUUCUUGCUGGUUUUUAAAACAGCAAGUGUCCUAGCUCUUAAGUGUGUGGAGGAGAAUCUGAAAAACAGGUGGAUAGCUUCUAUUAGAGUUAGGAACUGGAAGAGGAGCCUUAAAACUCCCAGUUUUGCAAGUGGAGCAAAGGGACCCCGAUGUCUCUUAAGUUACAAAAUUGGUUUUGGCAAAGGAUUAAGCUUUCCUGAAUGCAGGAUCUGAAACUAUGUAGUUGGGAUUGUUUGUUUGUUUGUUUGUUUUUGCAUGGCCUCAUCCCCUGUUCCAUAACACCAUUCUGCAAUUUUAUUGAUGUUUUUGUGGUGUACAUGCAGUAGCCUGUUAGGAUUGCAUAGCAACUAUCCUUUUUCAUGUUUAUCAUUUUAGCUAAAUGGUCAUGAGAACAAUCUGUGUGCACCCUUAUGAAAGUUGUACUGAAAAGUGAACGUAUCUGUCUAUCCAUUUGAUACAGCUGUUUCUUGGAUAAUGACAGAGUAGGUAAAAGUUUAAUCCACAGAAAGUAAAGAACAAUACUAUCCCUACUCACACAAAAUAGUUGACUAAUGCAAAAUGGUUGACUUUGAUAUGGUGUAUUUCAAAGUAUAAAUCAAGAACCCUUUAUCUUAUUAUUGAUACAAAAUGUUUGUGUUCAUAUGGAACACUGAACUGGUACAGCAUUAUAUUAACACACAUUGCCUUGUUCACUCCCCUUCUUUUCUUUUGUGGUGUGGCCAAGGGGAAAAGAUUGGCAGUUUUUGCUUUUGCUUUUUAUCUAACUGCAGUUUAGUGUUAUGCCAAAACUGAAGAAAGUUUGGGUUAGUCCAAAUAAUAGUUUAUUGAAAUAAGCUAUGGUCAAACUGGUCUAUGAAACUGACUCAUUUCAAUAAACCAUAUUUAACCACAGCUGUUCGGACAUAAGAAUAGAUUCUGGUUCAUUGAAAAGGAAGGAUGAGCUCCGGAUUUCUUCAUAACUGCACUGGAGGUUGCGGGUGGGGAGAAGUCCAGUCCACAGAUCACCCCAGUGUUGGCAUACAUUGUGACCCAGGAAAAGAUCGGGGUUACAUCUAUGUUGCAUGUGCAUCUUGCUAUACAUAGAAAGUACUGUAUGACUGGAGGGGGGGCGUGUCCUGCCCAUGCAGUGAAUUGGUGGGGUGGGUUGCACAACGGGCCACAUUGCCCCAGUCCACACAGAGCAUUUCACAGGCACGGAGCAGAGAUGCACGCCAGCCUGAGACUCUCGUUACCACUUGUACUUUUAUGAGAACAGGCCCCAGGUUGGCAGUGACAUGAGCACUGAACCAUUAAAAUAAUUUCUUCAGAACUGGUGCAAUUCGAGAGUUAGAGCUUUUUUUAAAUUUAGGGGCAGUUUUCUGUCAUUGUCUCUGUCCAUGUCCGAUUUGGGAAUAAUUGAAGCCAUCCAGAGACAUCUUGCACCGCACAUACUGGUUCAGUGCAAUUCAGCCAGCUUGGGAGUGGCACCCCACUGCAAGGCCCCUUGUUAUGCAGCUGCAUUUUCUUCCCCCUUUGCUGCCACUGACUGAGUCCAGCCUGUUCACACCAUGACUGGUUAGGCUGCUUUUCAGACUCAGGACUAAACGUUACUAACCGUACUAGAGCUUUGUAAAUGCACUUCUGAAAUCAAAGUGUUCAUUCUAAUGUGAUCAAUUUUCAUAUAUCUAAAAGUGUUUAAAUGGAAAUUAAAAGUUGUAUGACUCAGUUGCUUUUCAAGAAAAGUUGGCAAGCUAUAAUUAGCAAAGAAGCAGUGAUUGGUAGUUAAUAAUGUUGCCUAACGGGGGUUCAAAAGAACCUUUCAGUUGGCAAGAUUCUAAAUGGAGUGUUGACAGUUAAGCUUUGUGCUUGGAUAUCCUAGUAAUGUGAGGAUUGGGUUUGACUUCUUGGGAUACUAAAAGCAAUGUACUUAAAAUCUGAUCUGCAUUGUGCAUGUUUUUGAAACCUUACAAAUUAACAUGUUUUUUGAAAGAAAUAUAUUUUUUUAAAGUUGUGUAACUUUGAAGUUGUUUGAUUAGUGUGCGGACAUCAUUUGUCUGCAGUAAUGUAAUGUCUGUUGUGCUGAUUAAUAAGCAUAUGUUUUUAA